AUGUCUGUUUUGACGUGGCCAGAGGACGCGUUGGACGUGGGAGGCUAUGACUCAUGGUAUUACAUGGUAGACAGUGGGAGAACCAGGAGGCCAUCUUCCUCACUUCAUUCAAAUUCCAUAAACGGAGAGGACUCGAGCCUCAAGUGCUACGUCUGUCGACCGACCUGGAACAACAAAGACACAGCGGAUCGUACCCGAGCGCAGGCGAUCGACAACCUCAUCACGAGUGAGUUCAAGAACUUGGCAAACAUUACACAAUGCAAGGACAUAAAAGACCUGUCGAAUGAAGAAAACGCAAAGCAGACAUGUCCCGACGGAAACAACGUUGCCUGCGCCAAGGAGUAUAACGGUGACUGGAUGGCGAGAUACUGCCAGAAGGACUUUAAUGACGACGAAGAUUGCUCUACGGACGAAGGAUUGACCAAAUGCUUCUGCACCGACCACUACUGCAACCUGGCCUCCUUGUCGCUGAUCAAUCCAUUCCUACUGCCUUUCAUUGUUCUCCUCCGGCUGGCAACUCGAUUCCUAUAGACAGGUGUGAUGAAGGAGAAUAUGAAACUUUCGAUUAUCAUGUGGGAAACACCUGCCGCUGUGUGAGGAAUCGAUCACCAAUAUCAAUACUUCUGGUUGGGCUAAUAUUUCAAAAACUAUUUUGACGGGUACACUUCUAUAACAGUCGUUCUCUGGUAUCUUUAUGAUUGAUCUAUUCAUGAAACUCAUUUUUAUCGUAUACAGAUCAAGAAGCCAGCAGAACCCCGUCAGUAAUAUUUUAUUAGCCGAUACAGGAAUGUGAAAAACUAUUCCAAAAAUGUUGUCCAUAAUUUCACAAUUUAUAAAGCUCGCACACAUACACACACAUACACACUCUCCCUCUACCCCCUCUCUCCCACCCCUUUCUCUCUCUCUCCCGCCAACUCCCUUUUCCUUUUCAAGGAUGAAAUAAUUCUCUUUGUGAACACUUUAGUCUUCACAAUAGAAAGUGAACGAAGUCCAAGAAAAACCAUUGCUGGAGCUUUGUCUCCUUUCGUAAAUCAUAUGAACAUGCACUGAAGUUACAAGAAAAUCACUCCACAUAUCUGGAAAAUUAUGCAAAAAAAAAGUUCCCACUUUCCUCACUCUUUGGUAGCGGACUCGGCCAGAGUGAGUGACCUAUCAAUAGCCAGUCCUGAAGCCGAAGUGUCCAUCUGAGAUGAUUAAGCUGUCUUUCGACCUCAUGAUUUAACCUGUGCAGUGCAUGAAAUAAAGUUGAACUUGAGAUAGCUUCCAGUACAGAUAAGGCCGGAGACCUUCUGUUGUAUUCUAGAUAUGGAAAAUGCAAAAAGCAGGAAUGUCCCAUUCCCAUGUCGUGGCGAG